GGCAUAUAGACAGCGCAUUCUAAUAGUAUAUGGCAGGAAUCGUGCUCUUCGAGAACCUUAACAAGAGAUGUGCCGGGCUGUUCCCGCGAGGAGGUUGGCCGUUGGCCUUUCACCGCUGCUAUGCGAACGCCGUGCUCGUGUUUCUGGUCGGCGGCACGCUUCCCUCUUGGCGGACAGGGGGCGCCCUCGCUCGCUUGCUGCCCAAGGACGCUGAUGCCGAGAAAAGCAUUGAAGAACUGAUUGAGGCCCGGGGCUACCCCGUCGAGUCCCACCAGGUGGUGACGGACGACGGCUACGUACUCGGCCUGCACAGGAUACCACGCGGCAGAGUGGAUACCGAAGAGCCUACAAAGACAAGUACAGGCUCGACCACACCUGGCUGCGAUGACGCCAGCAGAGCCCCCAUGCUGCUCAUGCACGGGCUAUUAGGAUCGGCGACCAUGUGGGUGGCCAACUACGCAGACCAGAGCCUCGGGUACAUACUGGCCGACGCCGGCUACGACGUCUGGCUCGGCAACCUUCGCGGAAGCACGCUUUCCCGCAAGCACAUCAACAUCGACCCCGACAGAGACGCCAGCUUCUGGAACUUCUCGUUCCAGGAGAUGAUCGAAUACGACGUUCCCGCCAUGAUCGACUACAUCCUCCGGGAGACCGGGAAGUCCAGGCUCGGCUACGUCGGCCACUCCCAGGGGACGCUCGUCAUGUUCGGGCUACUGUCGGCGACGCCCGCCUACAACGACAAGGUGGCCCUUUUCGUGGCGCUGGCUCCGGUAACCACACCGGUUCACUCGAUUUUGAUUGCAAAGCAGCUGUUGUUAUCGAUGUCCGAAAAGCCAGUGGUGCGGAGCACGGUGAUUAAGAUGGGCGAGAUACUCAAGAACGGACCCAUGUGGAAACAGAUCGCUGACAAAGUCUGCCGCGCGGAAGAGUCAGUGUCUUUCUGCGAGACUAUGUGGAACAUCUUAUUCGGACCGUCCGUAAUGGUCAAUAAGAGCCGUUUUCACGUCUACCUGCGCCAGGUACCCGCUGGAACGUCGUGGAAAAACCUUCUGCACUUCGCUCAGCUCGUCAAGACCGGUCGUUUCUGCAAGUACGACUACGGUGCAGCAAAGAACAAGCGACUUUAUGGUCAGACCAUGGCCCCUUGCUAUCCCUUGGAGGACAUCCGCACACCUGUCGCCAUAUUCUGGGGACACGGGGACACGCUCUCCAGGCCGCAGGACAUCGACCUGAUACGUUCCCGCGUCCCCAGCGUCGUUGUCGACGAGCGUGUCGGGUCGGGCCCGUUCAACCACAAUGACUUCAUCUACGGCGUCGACGCCAAGCGCGUCCUCCACGACAGGAUCGUCCAAGUGCUUCGACAGUUCUACAGCUUGUGCCGACCGCAAUCAUCAGCGUAGACAUCUGCGCCACUCCGCGACGAUGCCAAAUCCCGAUAUCGGAUCGCAAACGCGGUCGCAUUGAGAAGUCGGCGAAGGGAGAAAUGUACCAAGUUCACGUAUAGAUCGGCAGGCUAACUUUCACAAUUCCAAAUAGUUCACCGUGUCGAGGCUGGGCAAACCGCAUAACGCCCCAAGUGAACAGAGGUUUGGGUCCCGUAUUUCCUAAAAUUCUUUAUCGUGACUGCUACGAUUGGCCAUUAAAGCGGUGAUCAUCUCGUCGAGUCAGUCACUGUCAUCAGUGGCGGCCACUCAAACACCGGCCCAUAAGAAAGUGAUGGCACGCAUUCGAAUUUUGGGAAUACAAGUCCGUUAGAUCCUGUAAAGUUAUGCACACAGUUUUGAAAUGCAAAAAAAGUGCACUGAACUGAAUAGAAAGUUAGCCCAGAGUCCAUGGGAUCCCAGAAAGCGUUUGGGAUGACAGGAUGGAGGCAAGAAAACGCAAGACGGGUAGCGGCGCCACUUCUGCUCAUCAGCUGCCUAUGACGACGUGGAGUUUAUUGACAGCGCCUGCUCGGUGCUACCCAAUUUUUCUCAAUAAAGAAAGGUUACAUUGUGCGCGAAAGACUAAACAUCGUAGGUUUCGGGAACAUUACCACAUACAAAAUAUCGCAAAAUAUGGGGACGCACACAGUGAAAUCCCCGUACAGCAGAAUUUUUACUUAGGGCCUCAAUUUUUUGUAUAAUUGUUUGUAUGGCCGAAAGUCAUUGAACUUAAGAAGAACGAACUGAAACACAAAGUUUACAAAUCUUUAACUGUACACCAUACAGAUAAGGCAGUUCUGUAAACUGAAACUAGUAGGACAUCUGAAGCGGAUAGUUUUGAUAUAUUAAAUUGUGACUCAAGUAAAAUUACUACGAUGUUUACGAGGGUUUCGCCAAAGUCCUGUUCAAAAAUGAAUGGUAUAAUUCACUGAGAGCGGAGUGUAUUACAUCAAUUUUGUCUACAUUAUAUGUCUCGAUAGGUACAUCUUAUUAAUCUUACGUUGUUGAGUUAGAGUUGUUGUAAACUUGGGGCUUCAAUUUACUUAAAUUUAGCAGCUUUUAGUAGUUGCAGAAGACUGAUGACCUAAAUCAUAUUUAAGGCGA